CUGAACUUGAGUCCACUGAAUGCGCCCUUUAACGCGCGCAGCAGGCAGUGCCAUCACUGUCGUCGCGCGUGAACGCAAGUAGGACAGAAGAAGUAAGUUGCAAGGGUCCACUGUCCACUUAGCGUUCGAUCACCGUGGCGACGGUGAGCACGCAACACGCAAGCACUUCGGGCGGGACUCGCCAGCGGUCUGUGGCCAGCGUGCGCAACGAUCCAAAACAGUAUUACGCUUACGCUAUUUAUAAGUGUUUGUAAGCGAGCACGUACAAUGGGACACGCGUUCGUCUGUUUCCGUUACUGCCUCGUCGCUGGUGCGAUCCUCCUUGGCAUUUCCGGCGCAAUCGUGAGUGUGUUUGCCAGUUAUUUCAUUUAUCAGCUGCACGAAUAUGGGUUGCUCACACCCAGCCAUGUGUGUGAGUCAUCUGCUACUUUAUUGGCGAUGGGCGUUAUUACAUGCGGAAUCGGCUGGCUUGCCUGGCAAUUCCUGAAUUUUUCCAACAAAAGUCAAGUAAUCAUUUUUGCUAUAGCAGUGGCGAUCAUCGUGCUGAUCGAAACCAGUGUCGGGAUUUGGGCCUUAGUGCGCCAUGAACAAAUAGACACAACCUUAUCGUCCACACAACAUGAAAAGAUCUUUGCUCUUGCGGUCACGGACGAAAAGUCUAUCUGGGACUACAUGCAGUCCACGUUACGAUGUUGCGGAAUAGAUGGGCCUUCCGAUUAUCGUAGUGUAGAUUCGAUUCCUUGGUCCUGCUGCAACACGUCGAAUCAGGAAAAGAACGGGAGUGCUUGCGCUACUAUCAAUAAACGUGGAUGUCAGCACGUGGUUUUAAGUCGGACGAGAUCGAUCCUUCUUCAUGUGUUUCUCCUCGCGUUAUGCUCUGUGCUGCUACAGAUUUCCUUCAUAGCGUGCAUAACUUAUUACGUUAGAAUAUACAAAGACAGAAUGGAAAGGAGAGCGUCAGAGAUGCGCACGUCUCUGCAAGAUACGAGGGAAACAGAUACUAAGAACAAUCUUUUAAGUCAGUCGAAUAAUCCUGGCAGUAAUAAUCCUUAGCUAAUGCUGCAUAUGACGAAAGACAGAGAUGUGUGUCGCUUAAGGACAUUGCGUCAUUGUGAUAUGCGAAAUACGUUUCGCAUGGUGACAAUAUCAACAGUAUAUAGAUAUACUAGUGAUAUUAAUAUCCCCAUUAUACAAGGUGUUUCAGAUCAAUCGAGAUAUACUUCCGAUUUUUUUUCACUCUCUAAAUUCUUUGCUGUGGAAUCUCACUUUAAAAGGUAAAAAAAUUGAGCUAGCGUGGAAAAGAGUGGCUAAUUUUCAAUCUUUAAGGGCAAAAUUUUAAUUCAAAGUGACAAUUCA